CCCGCGAGCUGCUCCUGUCCUGCUCCGAUCCUCUUCUUCCCUCCACUCGCCUCCAAAUUUUCUCUCUCCCCUCCUCUUCUCUUCUCUUCUCACCACCACAGGUCCACAGCCACCUCUCUUUCUCUCUCUCCAUCCGGCGCCGCGCGGGUGUGCAGCAGUGCUAGAGUGACCGACCAUGCAGGCGGCGGCGGUGAAUGGCGCGGGCGACGUGCAGAAGCCCCACCACCACCACCAGCAGCAGCCGGUGGUGGUGGGGGCGCCGCCUCCGCCGGCGGCCGUGGUGCCGUCCCAUUGGGUUGCCAUGCCGUUCGCGCCGCCUCCCGGGGCCGCGGCCAUGGUGAUGCAGCCGCACCAGAUGGCGCCGGCGCCGCCCCACCAGUUCGCGGCGGCCCACUUCGUGCCGUUCCACGCCGUCGCGCCGCCGCCGCCGCGGGCGGCGCCCGUGCCAGCGGUCGCACUGGGCUCCCCCGCACCGCAUCAGGCCGGGCACGAGGAGAACAAGACCAUCUGGGUCGGCGACCUCCAUUACUGGAUGGACGAGAACUACCUCCACAGCUGCUUCGGCUACACCGGCGAGGUUGUGGCGAUUAAAGUCAUUCGCAAUAAGCAGACUGGACAGUCUGAAGGAUAUGGAUUUGUUGAGUUCUACAGUCAUGCUGCAGCUGAAAAAGUUCUUGAAGGGUUUUCUGGUCAUAUUAUGCCAAAUACCGACCAGCCUUUUAGGUUAAAUUGGGCAUCGUUUAGCAUGGGAGAUAGGCGCUCAGAUGUUGCUUCAGAUCAUUCCAUAUUUGUAGGCGAUCUUGCUUCUGAUGUCAAUGAUGCCACACUACUGGAGGCUUUCUCCAGCAGGUACUCCUCUGUCAAAGGUGCCAAAGUUGUCAUUGAUGCUAACACUGGUAGAUCGAAAGGUUAUGGCUUCGUGAGAUUUGGAGAUGACAGUGAGAAGACACAUGCCAUGACUGAGAUGAAUGGUGUGUAUUGCUCUUCUAGGCCCAUGAGAAUUGGCCCAGCAACUCCAAGAAAAUCAUCAGGUACUUCUGGAUCAAAUGGUUCAUCUGCUCGAUCAGACGGAGGAGAUUUGACAAACACAACAGUAUUUGUGGGUGGGCUCGACCCAAAUGUUAGUGAAGAGGACCUUAGGCAAACCUUCUCCCAGUAUGGAGAAAUUUCUUCGGUAAAGAUUCCAGUUGGGAAACAAUGUGGCUUCGUGCAGUUUGCUCAGAGAAAGAACGCGGAGGACGCAUUGCAAGGAUUAAAUGGCAGUACUAUUGGCAAACAGACCGUGCGUCUUUCAUGGGGUCGCAACCCAGCAAACAAGCAGUUUAGAGGCGACAACGGCAACCAGUGGAACAACGGGGGAAUGUACUACGCGGCGUCCCCGUUCUACAACGGCUACGGUUACCCUGCGGCGCCGUUCCCUGAUCCAGGCAUGUACGCUGCUCCAGCCUACGGUGCCUACCCGUUCUAUGGCAACCAGCAGCAAGUGAGCUGACCUGGACUACGACCGCGACGCCUCGCUCGAAGCUGGAGCCUGGAGGCAUUAGACGCUUAGGUGUAGUAGCUCUUGGUAGAAGAAGAUGAAGAAGGUAGACGACGACGGUUUCUUAGGUGAGCUAGAUACAGUGACUAGUUCUCGUAUAGUGCGUUUUGUUACACGUGCUAGGGUCUAGCGCCGCCGAGAGUCCGAGUGUCCGACACGCCUAUUGACUGGCCACGGUAUGUCGAAUUCAACGACAGAAAGAAUUUUUGAUGACCUGGAGCUGCAUAUGCUACCUUGAAGCAGAACAAUAAGCUAAUGGAAUCCUUUGCCUCUGCUAUUC